CGCCUCCAUGGAGGGCUCACCACUUCCACGGCCACAUUUCAACAUGACUUAAGAAGCAAAGCCUGGCUCUGCAGCAUCCCAGACGUACCAAUUUACAACUUUUUUAUUUAAACAUCCCCCCCUGCUCCUCUGAAACCCCUCCCCAGUACUUUCCUUCAUCCUUUCCCGGGAGAUAAAGCAGUUCCGUGGGAAUAAGAGGCUCGCUUCUUGUUUAAUUCGAGGACCAGCAUGGAUGUGGCAGCGGCAGAGGGGAUUUCUCUGCCGGGUAUCCGACUCCGGAACCGGCCGAAGCAAGUGAUGCCUAACCAGCGGAAGGUGAAGGCGAGACGGAAAAGACGAAAGGAGUUGGUGUUAAUCCAAAUCUGCUUGUUUGGCGGCUUGAUACUGGUCGUGAAGGGGUUUUCCUUCUUAGCGGAAAAUUCAGGUUUCCAGGUCUCCAGCCACAGCGGCGAGGCCCAAGAGAAAAGGGGAGGGAGGAGGCUCCUGCAGGAAGUGGACAACAGCAGCCUGGAGGAAAUGGAGAGUGAAGGAUCUAGGAACUGCACUGCUCCAGCUCUGCACGAGUUCCCUACAGACCUGUUCACACACAAGGAGAGAACAGAGGGAGCUGUGGCCCUGCACGUCCUGUGUACCAUCUACAUGUUCUGCGCUCUGGCCCUCGUCUGUGAUGAUUACUUCGUCCCCUCCCUGGAGAAGUUGUGUGAGCGCCUGCAGCUCAGUGAAGAUGUAGCAGGUGCCACCUUCAUGGCCGCCGGCAGCUCAGCUCCGGAACUCUUCACAUCCAUCAUAGGGGUGUUCAUCACCAAAGGUGACGUGGGUGUGGGCACCAUCGUGGGCUCAGCCGUCUUCAACAUCCUCUGCAUCAUCGGUGUGUGCGGCUUCUUCGCCGGACAGGCAGUGAAGCUCUCUCACUGGGCUCUCCUCCGAGACUCCAUUUAUUACACAUUUUCUAUCACGGCCCUCAUUGUGUUCAUACACGAUGAGGAGGUUUGCUGGUGGGAGUCUCUUAUCCUGAUUCUCAUGUAUGCAAUUUACAUCCUCAUCAUGAAGUUUAAUGGCAGGGCGCAUCGCUACUUUGACCGGCGAAAGAAAGGCUCUGUGAAUCUGUCCAACGGGCUGACAGGAAGCACUGAUCUGGAGGAUAAUGUCACGUGUGACGCGACUGCAGUCCUGCUCAAGAAAGCUAACUUCCACUAUAAGCCGUCGGUACUGAUGGUGGAUGAGCUGCUGUCUGCCUACCCCCACCAGCUGUCUUUCUCUGAAGCCGGCAUGAGGAUCAUGAUCACCAGUCACUUCUCCCCCAGGACCCGCCUCACCAUGGCAUCCCGCAUGCUCAUCAAUGAGAGACAAAGACUGAUCAACACCACUGAGACUCGGGUUAACCGCAUCACCAAUGGCGACUCCGAUUCGGCCUCCAGGGCUCAGGGGAGGCGGGGCUUAGAGAAUGGGAUGGGCGGAGCUGAGCAGGGUCUGAAUGGCAGGUGUAGACUCCAGCGACUGGAGUCCGGGAACGAGACGGAGAAUGAGAACGAGGAUAACGAGAACAAUGAAAACGACGAGGAAGGAGAGGGGGAAGAUGGCGAUUCCGGCCCCUCUGUGCCUUUCAAAAUUCCAGCCGGGGCGUGUAACAAGCUGAAGUGGAUCACAAUGUGGCCGCUGUCUCUGCUCCUGUUCUUCACCGUUCCCAACUGUGCAAAGCGGCGCUGGGAGAGAUGGUUCAUGGUCUCCUUCUUCACCGCCACCAUCUGGAUCGCUGGCCUCUCCUACAUCAUGGUCUGGAUGGUGACUGUGAUAGGCUUCACUUUGGGUAUUCCAGACGUGAUCAUGGGCAUUACGUUCCUAGCAGCUGGCACCAGUGUCCCAGACUGCAUGGCUAGUGUUAUAGUCGCACGGCAAGGUCUGGGAGACAUGGCCAUCUCCAACUCCAUCGGCAGUAAUGUGUUUGACAUCCUGGUGGGCCUGGGCCUGCCCUGGGCGGUGCAGACGCUCUGCAUUGACUACGGCUCCACUAUCCAUCUCAACAGCAGAGGACUCAUAUUCUCUGUUGGGCUCCUGCUGGCCUCAGUAUUCGUCACAGUUCUCGGUGUCCAUUUAAACAAAUGGACUCUGGACUGGCGACUGGGCUUGGCCUGCAUCAUCUUGUACGCCAUCUUUCUCUGCUUCUCCAUCCUCAUCGAGUUCAACGUCUUCAUCUUCGUCAACCUGCCCAUGUGCCGAGACAUCCACUGACCUCCCUUUCUCCCUUCUCUUCUUGAUCCUCAUAUGCAUGGAGGGAACCUCACAUGGCUUCCAGAUUUUCUGCACCCUGAAACCUUUUACUUUUUAGACCAGAUUAGAGCUCUAUAUGAUUUAACUUUGGUGCAACACACACGACAGAAGACAGAGGACGUUUUUUCUGACCCGACAGGAGGCGUGAAGAGAGAGUCCCAGCAGCAGAGAUUGCUGCCAUGAACAGAGAGGUUGGCUGGAGUGUGUUAACACCAACCGUACUGAUGGUGCAGGAGCUGCUACUGUAACUGAUGGAGGCAAGAAGGGAAUCCUGCGCUAACAGCCAUUUUUAGCUGGAUUGUUUGUUACUCUUUGUACACAUUUGGAAUAAAAGCACACAAUUAAGGUAUUUUUAAGUAAAAAACUGGCUGUAUAUAUAUUUGAAGAUUAUAUAGUAUUAGCUGAUAUAUGGGAUUCUCUUAUGCACAACUGGAUCAGUGUCGCCAAGCUGUACGAUCCAGUGACUAUUUUGUGAUUACACUCCAAAUGCAAGUCAACUUUAGCUUUGCACUGACAGACAGAAUCCAGAUAUUUAACCCUUUCCACAUAUUCUGCAGGCUUAUCCCCGGCUUUAUUUUCUUUUAAUGAAACCCACAUAGGGAAGGGAUGUGCCUGUCACUGGCAUCCAGCACUGUCACUUUAUUGAUUAUUCUAUCAUUGCAAAGCGUCUACAGGUACUCUAAACAUAUAACUACUGAAAUCAUAGCUCCUUCUAUUGUACAUAUUUAAGAAUUAGAUUUUGAGUUGAGUUUCACAAUGUUACUUCUUUAAGCCAAAAGUAUUUUUAGAAUAGGAAGAGUCAGCUUGUGUGUGUGUGUGUGUGUGUCUGUGUGUCUGUGUGUCUGUGUGUCUGGAGAGGACCCAAGGACAUCACUGUUGCUGGGAAGACAUAAUCAUGAUUUAUUUAUGAAUUAAUUUAUUCAAAGAUCAUGUCUAACCACCAGUUGCCGCCCUUUGGAUCGUGUACAGUGUAUUUUAACUCUUUGAAUACUGUACAAUGUGCUGUAUACCUAAUAUAUAAUCUGAGUACUGGAAACUGACUUGAUGUUGUUUAUAUUUAAGGAUAGAUAAUUUAUAAGUUUUGUAUAGUUUGAAAAGAUAAUGCAACAUUUGUAUAUUGGCACAAACACGGUGGCUUUUUCGACGAUGAUGUACGAGAGUCUUUAAUGUCGAAAAAGUGAUGAGUCAUGGUUGGGGGAGAUUCACUUUCUGAUAGGGAAGUCAGUUCUUUGACUUUCACGACAUCACAUUUCUUAAAACAGUGCUUUAACUCUUGUGCCAUCACUUGUAUUUUCGAGGCUUCAAAACUAACUUGUUGCUAUUCUCCUGCUUGUCUUUGAGCCAAAAAGAAAACUCCUUUGUCAGCAGUAUUGCCACUCUGUUUCAGCAUGUGUUCAAAAUUGAAAAUGUGGAAGAUGUGUAUUUUUAUUUGAUCUGGGUUUUUAGCUGAAGUAUUGUUAUGUUAAUAAGGUUAAUUAAAAGUGUCCUCCUGCAGCCACCAGAGAGCGCUGUAGAGCCGUGUUUAACAUUAUUAUACAGGAAGUGGCUUUGGUAUAUUUUCAGGUAGAGAUAAUUACUGGUGGGUUUGCAUGCCUCUUCCACAAUUCAGAUUAUUUUGUGUGUAAUUUAAAUGCAUUUCAAGAUGAAAACGUCUUGUACAUAUCAGAGGGAUAUGCUAUUAGAAACACAGAUGUUGAAAUAACUUCUGAUGAGCAGUUAUAUUCCAGAUACUGUAUUUAGAAUGUAGGCCUGCAACAGUUCAGCUAAUUAAUGUUGUUUUAUUCUCAUGUCUUUUCGACGGUCUGUAAAUCCUCAUUUUUGUUGAUGAGGACCUCUGGGCAGAGUUCAGAGAGGACGAUGUCGGCCUUGUCCC